AUGUGCGUGCCGGCGCCGGCGCCGCCGUCACAGCAGGAGCACCUGGUGCAGGACCUGUGCGGGUGCGCGGGCCACGUGGAGGCGGGCGCCAUCGAGCGGGCCGGCCGCUGCCUGGCGCGCGCCACCGGCCUCGCCGCCGCGGUGGGCGACGGCCCGCUGCGGCGCCUCGCCGUGCCCAUGGCCGACGCCCUGGCGCGCCGCCUCAUCCGCCUCAUGGUCCCGGCCGUCGCCGACGCGCUCAUCGACCCCUCCGACCACCUCGACCCGCGCUGCCUCCGCGCGGCGCGGCGCAGCUUCUUCGAGCUCAGCCCGUUCCCCAGGGCCGCCGUCGCCGUCGCCAACCGAGCCAUCCUUGAGGCCAUGGAGAACGAAAAGAAUGUCCACAUCAUCGACUUUGCGGGGCCUACCGCGCAGCCAUGCCAAUGGAUCAAGCUCCUACACGACUUCAACCGUCGCCCGGGAGGGCCGCCGCACCUGCGCCUCACCAUCGUCCACGACGACGGGGACCUCCUUGCCAACAUAUCAGAGCUGCUCACGGACGAGGCCGAGCAGCUGGACGUGCCACUCCAGGUGCACCGCGUGGUCGGCCAGAUCGAGGCACUGGAUUCCACCGACCUGCACGGCGUGCUCCGGCUGAGGUCCGGCGAGGCGCGCGCGGUCGUCUGCACGCUGCAGUUGCACCGCCUCCUCGCGGGCGCCGACGACCCGGCGGGCACCUUCAGCGCCGGCCACCGCUUCAACCAGACGGCGAGCGUCGCGCGGCUGCAGCAGAUGGCGUCCACCUCGUGCCCGCCGAGCGUGGGCGCGUGCGGUAGCCGUGGCGACUACGACGACAGCGACAGCAGCCCGGCCACGCCGAUGGGCUUCGUCUCGCCGCCGCUAUCUACGCCCCAGCUCCAGAUGCCGCCGGCGCUGGCGAGCUUCCUGUCGGCGGCGCGCGUGCUGUCGCCCGAGGUGGUGGUGGUCACGGAGCAGGAGGCCAGCCACGGCGGCGUCUCGUUCCGGAAGCGCUUCGGCGAGGCGCUGGGGUACUACGCCGCGGUGUACGACAGCCUGGACGCGGCCGCCGAGGCGUACCGCCGGCCCGCCACCGAGCGGGCGGAGGUGGAGCGCGCGGUGCUCGGGGAGGAGAUCCGGGACGUGCUGCUGCGCGAGGGCGCGCACCGGCGCGAGCGGCACGACCGGCUGCAGCGGUGGGCGGCGCGCAUGGAGCUGGGCGGGUUCAGGAGCGUGCCGCUGAGCUACGUCGCGAUGAGGCAGGGGAACGACGUGCUCCACAGGUGCGGCCUGAGCGGGUGUGCGGCGCUGGAGAGCAGCAGAGACCACGGCGGCUGCCUUCUCUUGUGCUGGAGCUCGUGGCCACUCUACUCGGUCUCGGCAUGGCGGCCGGACGGACGCUCAGGUGCUCCCGCUCCCGGUCCCGGGAGCUGCAGCUAA